AUGGACAACUUGAAGGCACCUUUCAAGGGCGUAGUUAAUGAUGUUCGAGGAAGAGCAAAGUGUUACAAACAAGACUGGAUUUCCGGUCUCUGUUCAGGAAUCGGGAUAUUGGCUCCCACUACUUAUAUUUUCUUCGCUUCCGCUCUUCCUGUUAUAGCAUUCGGAGAGCAGCUCGAUAUAGACACAGAUGGAAGCUUGAGCCCAGUAGAAACACUGGCUUCAAGUGCUAUAUGUGGAAUCAUACACUCAGUCAUUGGAGGCCAACCCCUAAUAAUAUUAGGAGUUGCAGAGCCCACUAUCGUCAUGUACAUUUACAUGUACAAUUUUGCCAGAGAUAGAGAGGGUUUGGGACCAGAGCUUUUCUUAGCUUGGGCUGGAUGGACUUGCGUUUGGACGGCUCUGAUGUUGUUUCUUCUAGCAAUAUUCAAUGUUGGUGCACUUGUACAUAGAUUCACCAGGAUUGCUAGCGAGCUUUUUGCCAUGUUGAUAGCAAUCUUGUUCAUUCAAGAGGCAAUCAAGGGAAUGGUGAGUGAGUUUAAGGUUCCUAAACGCGGGUUCCAAGGACCAGAAUUAGAGAAAAGCAAAUUUCAGUGGCUUUAUGCAAAUGGAUUAUUGGGAAUCAUAUUCUCCUUUGGCCUUCUCUUUUCUUCUCUCAAGAUCAGGAAAGCUAGAUCAUGGUUAUACGGCACUGGGAAGUUAAGAAGUUUCUUGGCAGACUAUGGGGUUCCAUUAAUGGUGGUUUUGUGGACAGCCUUAUCUUUUUCAGCACCAAGUAAACUUCCCUCUGGAGUCCCUAGAAGGCUCAUUGCUCCUCUUGCUUGGGAAUCUACUUCUUUACACCAUUGGAAAGUCGUCAAAGAUAUGGUAAAGGUCCCACCUGCUUUCAUUUUUGCUGCUAUUAUUCCUGCAAUGAUGAUAGCAGGUCUUUACUUCUUCGAUCACAGUGUUGCUUCUCAGUUAGCAGAGCAAAAGGAAUUCAAUCUGAAGAAACCUUCUGCUCAUCAUUAUGACAUGUUGUUGCUAGGAUUCAUGACUUUGCUUUGUGGGUUGAAUGGUUUGCCACCUUGCAGUGCACUUCUUCCUCAAUCCCCCAUGCACACCAAAAGCCUUGCUGUUCUCAAGAAACAGUUGAUUCGAAGGAAAAUGGUGGAAAGUGCCAAAGAAAGCAUAAAGAGCAAAGCAAGCAACUCUGAGAUCUAUGGAAAUAUGCAAGCAGCGUUCAUAGAAAUUGAUAGAAGUCCAAUUACUAAUUCAGUGGUGACAGAACUUAAGGACCUAAAAGAAGCAAUCCUAAAUGGGGAAGAAAAAUUGGAUAGUACAUUUAACCCUGAGAUCCAUGUUGAUGAACAUCUGCCGAUAAGAGUGAAAGAGCAAAGAGUGAGCAAUUUCUUACAGGCAAUACUUGUGGGAGCAUCAGUGUUUGCUCUACCUCUCUUAAGGAAGAUACCAACUUCAGUUCUGUGGGGUUACUUUGCUUACAUGGCCAUUGAUAGUCUUCAGGGAAAUCAAUUCUGGGAAAGGAUACUAUAUAUCCUCAUAUCCCCUAAUAGAAAAUACAAGGUGGUGGAGGGGGACCAUGCUUCGCUUGUAGAGACAGUACCAUUCAGAGCCAUACUAUUGUUCACGCUGUUCCAGUUUGUAUAUCUGUUGGUUUGCUUCGGAGUGACUUGGAUUCCCAAUGCAGGAAUGUUGUUUCCUUUGCCCUUUUUCUUGCUCAUCAUAAUAAGACAGUAUAUGUUACCCAAGUUAUUCAAACCUCAGUAUUUAAAAGAACUCGAUGCUGCUGAAUAUGAACAAAUUGUUGGCACUUCAAGGCUCUCCUUCCGCCACUCUUCCCGCCUCAAUCUCCACCAGGAUAUGAAAUCAACGAGCAUGGAAGCAAUGGAAAUGGAUGAUGAUGAUGAUGAUGAGAUAUUAGACGAGGCUCUCACAGGUAGAGGAGAGUUAAAGGUCAAGGCUAUUAGUUUCAGAGAGGACAGACAUGCCCAUGCACAGUUAUUUCACAGAGAUCAGUUCAACUUAAAUAUCAAAGCUAUUAGCUUCAGAGACGAAAGACAUGCCCGGGCACAGCGAUUGCGAUAAGCGUUUCCUGAUGAAGUUAUAAUUGAAACGGAUUCGCAGAUUACAAAGGUCUCUGUUAGAAAAAUUAAAGGCUAUAUAUGAACAAGGCAUUAUUAAUGGCGACUUUUCUAUUUCCUGAAGAUUAAUACCUAGGAAUUAUUAGAGGACAGUGAUGGAAUUAAGGAGGUCAAGU